GCAGGUGUUUUGCGCCUUCUUUCAUCAUCACAAUACAAAUACAAUAUGGGCGUUUGAAUUGUAUAAACAAUCUAUCUAUUAAUUUGAUGAAAGGGUAGCAGAAAAUUUAUAAGAAUAAUUGAUAUUUCGAUUGCUUCGAAACCACAAAUUAAUAUGUCUGGAAACGUUAAUAUUUGCGAAGUAACGGAAGAAGUCCGUCAAGCAUUGAAAGAAUUUAGGUUCAGAAAAGAGCAAGACACUUCUGCCCUUAUAUUGAAAGUUGAUAGGGAAAGGCAACAAAUCAUAAUUGACGAAAAGUUAGAAAAUACCACGAUUGAAGAACUACAGGAUACAUUAAGGAGUCAUCAACCACGUUAUAUUGUUCUCUCAUACCGCAGAGAACAUGAAGAUGGCAGAGUGUCUUAUCCCUUGUGUUUCAUUUACUUCACACCAAGAGACAGUCAUGCCGAGUUGCAAAUGCUAUAUGCAGCUUCUAAAAUAUGCCUCCAGAGAACUGCAGAUCUUUCUAAAACAUUUGAAAUAAGAGAGUUGGAGGAACUAACUGAAGAAUGGCUUCUCAGUAAAUUGGGGAAUUGACGAUGUUAUGCAUUUUAAGAUAUGAAUAAUAAGUACAAAUACUUAUAUAAUAAUUUAUGAUAUGUUUUCAAAUUUUAUAUUAUGUUAUAUGUAUUUACACAUGCUGUUUUAAUUCAAUUUUCAAAUCUGGGUUACUCCUAAACAGCUCAAAUAGAUAUUGUAACAAGUAUUUACUGGAAAAUUCUCUUUUUAUUAAUUACUCGAUUAUUCCAUCAAGAAUAGAAGAGCUUAUAAAUGGAUUUUUGAUCUACUUCAGAAUAAGUUGAAGGUUCCUAAGAUAUACCUAUCUAUAUUUCUUGAUAGUUUUGUAUCUAACCAUCAUUCCUGAUAAUUUUAUCAAGUAGUCAUUGAUAUAAUGAGAAAAAUUAUUCAUAUCGCAUUAUUCUGUAGCAAUCUUUUAUGCUUGCCAUUUGAAAAAUGAGGUUGUUACUAAUGUAUUUUUCAUUUACCACUGAUGCAAUAACAGACCAAAUCAUGUGGUACUUUAAUCACUAACUUCAAUACCUGAACUGCCAAAAAUAACAUUCAGUAAAAUAUAAAUAUUUUAUAGAUCAUAUUAUAUUGUAAAACUGAAAGAUAUUUUAAUGAGAAAAAGUUUGCUAUGGUUAUUACACUUUCAUUUUAAUGAAAGUGGAGGAUGUAAUAUUUAUUGUAAAUUGUGUAACCAUCUGAAGAAGUGAAUAUUUUUAUUUAUCUUACAUUCCUUUUAUAUAUAUAUAAAUAUGUACUUUUUUCCUAUAUUGUCCAAGUAUAAUAAAUAAUUUUUCUAUUUA